AUGGCUGAAUUACCCGUAUAUAUGACAACUAUGGAUACCGACACUGAAGGCAUGGCCAAUUUUUCUUCUUUACAAACCCCUACUAAUGCUUUUGGAAACUGCUCUGAUGAAGAUGCUUCAUACCAGAAGGUCUAUAUCCCCAUAAUUUAUAGCAUUCUCUUUCUGGUGUGCUUCCCUGGGAACAUUAUUGUCAUUUCUGUAUAUAUCUUCAAAAUGAGACCCUGGAAAACCAGCACUAUCAUUAUGUUAAACUUGGCCAUUACAGACUUACUGUACGUGUCUUGCCUUCCAUUCUUGAUUCAUUAUUCACUUAACGGAGGCAAUUGGGUCUUUGGAAGUGUCAUGUGCAAGGCCAUCCGAUUCAACUUCUACUUCAACACAUACAGCAGCAUCUUCUUCCUUACCUGCUACAGCCUCUUCCGGUUUGUAGUAAUUGUCUAUCCAAUGAGUUGCUUUUCCAUUCAGAAACGGAGGUGGGCCAUAGUGGCCUGUGUUACAGUUUGGGUUGUUUCACUACUGGCUGUCAGUCCAAUGCUCUACCUGAUUACUGUAAAACAAAACCAUAAUAGAUUGACUUGUCUGGACCUCACUACAUCCGAAAAAGUGCACUCUGUAAGGGUAUUCAACUACAUUCUGACAACAUUUGCCUUCUUCUUGCCGUUGGUAGCUGUGACUCUUUGUUAUGCUGUGAUUAUCUACACAUUGGCAAGAGGGCCUCAAACUCACACCUCUUUCAAGCAGAGAGCUCGUACCCUAGCCAUUGUCCUAUUAGUUGUAUUUUAUGUGUGUUUCUUGCCAUUUCACAUCUUUAGAGGAAUUCGCAUUGAAUUAAAGAUACACCCUGUGAGCUGCCAACUGGAGGGGCAGAUCCGGGACAUUUUUACUCUGACUAAAUCCUUAGCAGCCCUAAAUACCUUUGGCAAUUUAAUACUUUAUGUUGUGCUGGGAGAUAAUUUCCAGCAGGCCGUUCUUUCUAUAUGUAAACCGAAUAUAAAGAAAAAUAAGAAAUAG